AUGGGUGAGAACUUUGAUCCGCUCGUCACGAAGACAGCAGGCUUAGCAGUCCGCAAUGGCGAGGACGGCCACGAUGAGCCUACUCGAACGGCAUUGGGCAGAUCCAUGAGAGAUAAACACUUCCUCUUCGCAAAGGACUAUGUCAAUCUGAACCACGGCUCCUUUGGGGGCUAUCCUCGUCCGGUCCAGAAUGCCCUCCGCCACUAUCAAGAAACAGCAGAAGCAGAACCUGACAGGUUCAUCCGCUACACUUACCCGCAACUGCUGCGCAAGAGUCGAGCCCUGCUCGCCGACAUGCUCCACUGUCCGGUCGACGAGCUGGUUCUAUGCGCUAACGCCACGACCGCCACCAACACCGUCCUCCAGAACCUCCGGUGGGAGGAGGGCGACAAAAUCGUCUACACCUCCGGCGUGUAUGGGGCCCUGGAGAAGACCAUCCACUACGUCGUCGAAACGACUCCAGCAAACAGCGUAAGGAUCGAGUUGGAUCUGCCUCAAAGUGACGACAAAAUCUUGAAACUCUUUCGAGAGAUAUUGAUGGAAGAAAAGCGCAAGUGUGAGCAAACCGGGAAAGGUCGUGUUCGGUUGGCCGUCUUCGACACCAUCGUCAGCGUUCCUGGUGUGCGGGUGCCGUUUGAAAGGCUCGUACAGCUGUGCCGACAAGAAGGCGUGUUGAGCCUGGUCGACGCUGCGCAUGGAGUGGGCCACAUCGCCCUCAACCUCACCGAGCUGGACCCGGAUUUCCUGGUCACCAAUUGCCACAAGUGGCUAUUCGUCCCCCGGUCCGUCGCGGCUUUCUUCGUGCCGGAAAGGAACCAGCACUUGAUCCGCACGACGCUUCCGACAUCCCACGGGUUUCGGCCACUGGGAUGCAACGAAAUCCACAGUCCGAUGCCCGUCUCGGACGAAACGAACCCCAUGGUGCGGCAGUUCGAGUACUUUGGGACCAUUGACGGCGCGGCUUACUGCUGCGUCGAAGAAGCAAUUCGCUUUCGCAACGAGGUGUGUGGCGGUGAAGAAGCUAUUCGCACGUAUUGCACCUCCCUAGCGAAGAAGUCGGAGGAGAUCUUGGUUGAAACCCUGGGGACAGAAACGUUCGACAUUCCAAAGACGCAUCGAGUUUUCUUUGCCCAUGCUCGGCUGCCAAUUUCCGUAGGGGCGGGAGAUGGGUUCAACGUGCCCCCGAGCGACAUUCCAGCCGUUACCAAUUUCAUGGAAAGGGAGUUUGUGGAAAGAUACCGGACUUUCAUGUACGUGCUGUUCCAUCGAGGGGCCUGGUGGGUGCGCUUGUCCGUCACGGUCUAUGUUGAUCUAGAGGAUUGCAAAUAUGCGGCUCUCAUCUUGAAGGACUUGAGUGACAGGAUAUGUAGAGGAGAGUAUCUGGCGACCAGCCCAGCAGCGGGAGAGAGGUGA